AUGUGUGGCAUUGAAGAAGUGAUACCACCUGUGCAUGCUUCACGCGCUGCACCCGUUUCUCUGCUUGUUUCACAGAAACUCACGCAGUUUGAACCAUCUGAACCGGUUUGCGGUGGAUUUGUAUCGUGGUGCCCAGCGUUGCAGAAUUGGAGCCCAUGGAAAGCAGCAAACAUUGACGAACCACCAUACGCUUUUGUUUGCCAGUACCUGCUGGAGGAUUAUAUAAACAAGGGCCGCGGUGCCGAAUUUGCUGCAUUUGUUACGCAACCACGACGAAUUAGCGCAAUAACAUUGGCUGAACGAGUAGCGGAUGAACGUGGCGAACAACUUGGAGUAUCUGUUGGCUAUGGCGUCAGGUUUGAUUUACACAUAGCGCUACGAUACGAUACAUUUACUCAUCAACCGUGGCAUAUAUUCUGUUCAAAAAAAAAAAAAACAGUUGAUGCACUAAUUUUCAAGGCUUUUGACGCCAAGGUUUUGUUUCUGGAAAAUGUAGAAAAGUAA